AAGAAAGGGGGAAACCAGCAAAACGGAAGUGACUGAAUUUGUUGGUCCAUUUUUCCUCACCGCUCGCCUUUUGUCCUAAAUAAACGUCAGGAGACCCACACACAGGCGCAAUGAACCUGGAAAGACUGCCAAAUGAGGAGAAACUUAGCCUGUGCAGAAAAUAUUAUUUAGGCGGAUUCGUUUUACUGCCGUUCCUGUGGCUUGUCAACGUUGUUUGGUUUUUCCGAGAAGCUUUUGUAAAACCAGCCUACACUGAACAGCUGCAGAUAAAAACAUAUGUGAAGCGCUCAGCACUGGGGUUGCUGUUCUGGAUUGCAGUACUCACCACUUGGAUCACUAUUUACCAGCACUACAGAGCCCAGUGGGGGGAGGUGGGAGAUUACCUCUCCUUCACAAUUCCGCUGGGCAUUCCUUAAACACCCCCCCCCCCCUUUUUUUUUUUUUUUUGCAUUUAACUCUUAGAUUGAACAAUGACUCAAUGUAUUCACCAAGUCAGUUCUUAUGUAUGUUUGUAUUUGUAAAUGCUGAAAAUAAAUUCUGGAUUGGAACAGUCA